AUGCCCACACCAGAUCCAAACACAACAACUGGCGCCGCAAAUCUAAGCGCAGCAUCCGCCGGUGCAGCCCUAGCCCACGCAAACCAAAAACCAAUUCAAGUAUGGACACCCCCGGACCGCUUCACAGAUGCCGAAAAAGCCGCCUGGUCCGUCCGGGACUUCGUUCCGCCCGAAUUCCCCCAACCCAGCACCGGCUACAGCGCAGCAGGCCUAGGCGCCGCGAUCAUCGCCGUCCGCGAACAGCGCGCCUCAUCAACCCUCUCCCCAACCCAGAGCUAUAAACCCGACAUUUCCACCCUGGACACCACCCGCGCUGCCGUCGGCGGCCACGCCCAGGAUAAGGCGCGCCACGCAGCGACUGGAGCCUACAACCGGAAACGGGCGGACUCAGCCCCAAGCGAACCAGUCCAGUCUGCCGAUACACCCUAUGCGCUCCGUGCCGCGGGCGCAUCGCAUCGCACAAAGGGCGACCCCGAUGGACCACUAGACCACAUCGACCCUGCGAUGGAGGCGAGUCGGAUUCAGCACGCGCACACCAAUGCUCGAAUGUACACGUCCUCCCCGCCUGUCGCGAGCGAAGUCGAAGCGCGGAAUCGCCGGAACUCGCUGCACGCCGCUGCGCUCGUCAUGGCAAAGAACAUGUACGAUGCCUCGGGGCCGAAGGGCGAAUCCGGAAGUGCAACCGUCGACCCGGCAAUCUACGCCGCGCAGGAAGGUCAGAAUCGCCUGCAGUAUCGCAAGACUGUUAGCGGGGCUAUGGAUAGUACAGCUCACAGGGCCCUAACCCUGCAGGAAGCGGCUCAGAAGCGGGCGGCAGAGAAACUGGCUCGGAUGAGGGAUGAGAAUGCGGAGAUGCAGCAGUAUUAUGGGACUGCGCCUCAGCCUCAGCGGUCGCGGUUGACGACCAGGCGGAAGAGGACGUCUAGUGAUGCGGAUCCGUCCCAGGUGGAUGCGGAGCAGUCGAGGCAGAUACGUAAUCAGAUGACCAGUCUGCGGUCAAAGGUUGAUCGUGUUGAUGUGCAAAGGCAGAAGGAUCGUGAUCUGCUCAUGGAAGCUGCGCGGCGGAAUGUGGAUGCGACUAUCCUGGACAUGGAAAUGAAGUUGUACAACAAUACCGGUCGUGCGCCGCCGUCUGUUCAGAAGCAGUGGGAGGAGGCGGCGCGCGAACGAGCUCGUCAGGAGGCUGAGGUCGCUGAGGCGAGUCGGACCCGAGACGGCCAAGUCAAUAUUGGCGGUCAUCAGUAUAUGGAUAUGGCUGAUAUCGAAGCUGUUGCUCGAUCCCGUGUUCAGCCGGCUUUGGAUGAGAUUACUGAGCAGGCUGAACAGCGCCGGGCGCAGGAGCUUGAGGCCCGUCUUGACGCGGAGGAGAACCAGAGACAGGCUGCGAUUGAGAAGGAGCGUGAAGCUUCUUUGCGUGCUCUUGGCGGAGAAAUGGGAGACGACAAGACGCGUUCCGAGAAGCGCCAGCUCAAGGGCUUGAGCUUGUUGCUGUUCAGAAAGAAGAGCAAGCGGACUCGUGGCGAGAAGUCUGAAGAGCAGGCGGACGAGGUUGUACAGGAACCCAUUCCUACCGUUGAAGUGCCAGCUGUCGAGGAAACACCAGCCGUCGAGGCACAACCAGCAGUCGAGGAAGCACCGGCUGUUGCAGAGGCCCCGGCUGUUGCAGCAGUCGCCGAGCCAGCUACCCAUGACGAGCGCGAGGCCAUGUCCGAGGAUCAAUCUGCAGACGUAUCCAUUGCUUCAGACAACGCCGCAGCAUCCAGGAUAUCCACCGUCGAAGACCACGGCCCUUCAACCGUUUUUGCCGCCGGUCCAGCCGCCCCAGUCGCAGCACCAGUCCGACUAGUAACCACCGGACCCUCUGAGACAUCUGAGGCAUACGCAGGCAUCCCCCAACGCGACGCAGCCGCUACCGCAGGAAUAAGCGACAUGCACACCGUGCGACCUAUCACAAGCCCACGGGCCGAUUCCAAACUCAAGAACUGGUUCAGAGACCGACUUGUCCGUCGAAGCAGCGGCCCGGUCCCCGUCUACCCGCACCAGCCAGGCCCGGACUUCAAAAGCACCAGCGAAAUUGGCUUUACUGGGGGUGCAGCACUGACCGGUCAACGGAGUGAAAGUCGUGGGGCGGCUUUGAGCUCCCAUCCCAUUCUUCCUCAUAGCGGGGAUGGGAAUGAGCUGGACCAAAGUCCGCCUAGUCACAACGGAGGCACAUUUCUCGAAAUGACGAAAUCUACUACCGGUGGUACGGGUGGUGAUUCGAUUUCCAGCUCGCCUCAGCACAAUGGCAACGCCAACGCCAACGGUAGUUCAAAGAGACAGCGUCUUCGCAAAAGCUUCAUGAAACUCUCCCGCAACUCGUCAGACUCCAAGACAAACGGAUUCACCAAUGGCGGCGGGCACUCCCGCCAAAACUCCGAGACGAAAGUUUCCGGAACGGGGGAGGGUCUUCAUACUCUGCGACACAGCGCUACUGAGCAGGGUCUUCCUGCCCCGCCUAUCCUGGGCCAAACAGCCAGUACAGGUCGGGAAUCUCGAUUUUCUGAAGAUCUGUGA